GUGUAUGGAAAACACAAAACACAACAAGUAUUUGAAUUGUUAGAAUCGUUUCGUAUUGGUAAUCUCCAAAUUGAAAACCGCUAUAAAGCAAGUGAUAUUGUUUCCGUUGAUUCAGCUGAGUAUAUUCCCAAAGAUCGAAACUCUGACCUCAUAAUUCAUUACAAAAAACCAUAUAAUGCUGAAACGCCGCCUAAAUUGCUAAUGAAAAGUUGGAUUUCUUCAAACGAAAACUUUUUCAUAAGCCAUCAUAAAGCAGUUCCUAAAGUAAAUCCUGCCAAAUACAAGCUUGAAAUUGAAGGUUUAACUUUGAAUAAGAGCUGCACGCUUACACUAGAUCAGAUUAAAAAUAUAUUUUCAAAACACACUGUUACCAGUGUAAUUCAGUGUGCCGGUAAUCGACGAGAUGAUUUUAAUGAGAUAAAAGAAGUAAAAGGCGUUCCCUGGGGCGCAGGUGCAAUUGGCAAUGAGCAGUGGUCCGGUGCAAAGCUGGUCGACGUUCUCCAGUACUGCGGCUGCAAUCUAACCGACGACUCCAUUGAACAUGUUCAAUUUGAGGGGCUGGAUUUGAACGCAACGGCGACGCCGUAUGGUGCCAGUGUUCCAGCGGAAAAGGUUGAUUUACCUUUGGAACCGGGGUCGUCACUUCAUCAGGGAAAAGAGUAUGAGAUUGUUUGUAGAGCUAUUGACUCCAGCUACAACACUCAGCCAAGGGAUGCUCGUGAUAUUUGGAACUAUCUUGGUUUUCUCAACAAUUCAUGGCACAGAGUUAAAGUGCGCUUGUAA